CAGUCCAAUCAGUGCACAAGGCGGCGGCUUGGCCCCACGUGGGGACUCCGCGCUCUGAUUGGUGCGCGUAGAUAAACUCCUUGCUGUGCUCUGAUUGGCCGUGUCGCGUCUUUCUCGCGGCAGUUGAAUCGUUGUGUCAGUGGGCAGUCUGUGUGUGGUACGGUGCGGAGUGGAACCGGGGCGCGAGCUUUAGUGCGCGAGGACUAAGUGCGACGCGUUCCGGUGUUCACUUUGUUCUUAUUUGAUUCGUCGAACAAAGAAGAAGAAGAAGAAAAAAAAAAACAACAACCCGAACGGUUUAAAUAUUCGAAUGUCGGCUUUGGAGUUUUGAGCGACGGCUGGGAUUAGGAUUUGAGCUCUUAUUUGUUUGUUUGUUUGUCAGAGCGCGAGAAGAAAGAAGCAAGAAAGUCGACAGUUUAAACGAAGCUUCGACGGUUGGAGCGGCGCGCGCGGCUGGAAAGGCGUUGCAGCAGCCUGAGAGUGAUUUCCUCUAAGACUUGAGACAGAUAUACACACACACACACACACACACACAGGCAGGGCACGGAGUGAGUGUGCACGGUUGGGUUUGGACGCGUUCCUCAGUGCUGGGACUUCAUUCUGCGGGGAUCUAGUGGAGACUAAAAAGUCUACCACAGAGGGCAGGACUCCUCAGGUGGAAGCUCACCUCUGAUACCGAGGGGGAUCUUGUCCACCUGCUCAUACAGGGAUCACCGGAUCACACAGGAUGUAUCCACAGGGCCGGCAUCCGGCGCCUCAUCAGCCCGGCCAACCCGGGUUCAAGUUCACGGUGGCAGAAUCGUGCGACCGGAUCAAAGACGAGUUCCAGUUCCUGCAAGCCCAGUAUCACAGCUUGAAGGUGGAGUAUGACAAGCUGGCCAACGAGAAGACCGAGAUGCAGCGUCACUAUGUCAUGUACUACGAGAUGUCCUAUGGGCUCAACAUCGAAAUGCACAAACAGACCGAGAUUGCAAAGCGGCUCAAUGCAAUUCUUGCUCAAAUCAUGCCUUUUCUGUCACAAGAGCACCAACAGCAGGUAGCGCAGGCUGUUGAGCGUGCUAAGCAAGUGACAAUGACCGAGUUGAAUGCCAUCAUCGGGGUACGUGGACUUCCCAAUCUGCCUCUCACCCAGCAGCAGCUUCAGGCCCAGCACCUCUCCCACGCGGCACACGGGCCGCCCGUCCAGCUGCCACCUCACCCCUCCAGCCUGCAGCCCCCCGGCCUUCCCCCAGUCACAGGAGCCGGAUCCGGUCUGCUCGCACUCGGCGCGCUGGGAAGUCAGGCCCACUUACCGGUCAAAGACGAGAAGAAUCAUCACGAUCUGGAGCACAGAGACCGGGAGUCGAGCACGAAUAACUCGGUGUCGCCGUCGGACAGCCUGAGGGCCAGCGAGAAACACAGGGCCUCGUCCGAUUACAGCUUGGAUCCAAAGAAACGCAAAAUGGAGGAGAAGGACAACUUGAGAUACGACAGCGACGGUGACAAAAGCGAUGACCUGGUGGUUGACGUUUCCAAUGAGGACCCACCCACUCCGAGGGGAAGCCCCUCCCACUCUCCCCCAGAGAACGGCCUGGACAAAGCCCGCGUGCUGAAGAAAGACGCCCCGAACAGUCCAGCCUCUGUGGCUUCAUCCGGGAGCACGCCGUCUUCCAAAGCCAAGGAUCAUGCUCAUAAUGAUAAAUCCUCGACGCCGGGCCUGAAGUCCAACACUCCCACCCCACGCAACGACGCACCCACCCCAGGAACCAGCAGUACCCCAGGACUCAGGCCCAUCCCAGGGCCCAAACCUCUUGGCAUGGAGGUGUUGGCUCCUGCACUGCGGACUCCUCUGUCCUACGCCGCUCCAUUUGCGAUGAUGGGUCAUCACCCAGAGAUGAACGGCUCGCUCUCCAGUACAGGUGUCUACGGCCUCAUCUCGCCUCAGAUGAGUGCAGCGGCCACGGCGGCAGCUUAUGGUCGACCGCCCAUGCCUGGAUUCGAUCCACAUCCUCACAUGCGGGCUCCAGGGCUCCCAACCGGCCUGACGUCCAUCUCUGGAGGAAAACCAGCGUACUCGUUCCACGUCAGUGCAGACGGUCAGAUGCAGCCCGUCCCUUUUCCUCCAGAUGCGCUGAUCGGCCCAGGCAUCCCCCGCCAUGCACGUCAGAUUAACACGCUAAGCCACGGUGAGGUGGUCUGUGCUGUCACCAUCAGCAACCCAACACGCCACGUUUACACGGGUGGAAAGGGAUGUGUCAAGAUCUGGGACAUCAGCCAGCCUGGCAGCAAGAGCCCCGUCUCCCAACUGGACUGCCUGAACAGAGAUAAUUACAUUCGCUCGUGUAAGCUGCUCCCAGACGGUCGCACACUGAUCGUGGGUGGCGAGGCCAGCACUCUGACCAUUUGGGACCUGGCCUCUCAGACGCCGCGCAUCAAGGCUGAGCUGACCUCGUCGGCCCCGGCCUGCUACGCUCUGGCCAUCAGCCCUGACGCCAAGGUCUGCUUCUCCUGCUGCAGUGACGGAAAUAUCGCCGUGUGGGACUUGCACAACCAGACCCUUGUCAGGCAGUUCCAGGGUCACACAGAUGGUGCAAGUUGUAUAGAUAUUUCUCAUGACGGCACCAAGCUGUGGACGGGAGGCCUAGACAACACUGUCCGUUCCUGGGACCUGAGAGAGGGACGACAGCUCCAGCAGCAUGACUUCACCUCACAGAUCUUCUCUCUGGGCUACUGUCCGACUGGUGAGUGGUUGGCCGUAGGGAUGGAGAGCAGUAACGUGGAGGUUCUCCACCACACCAAACCAGACAAAUACCAGCUACACCUGCAUGAGAGCUGUGUUCUCUCCCUCAAAUUUGCCUACUGUGGUAAAUGGUUUGUGAGCACAGGGAAGGACAAUCUGCUGAAUGCCUGGAGGACGCCGUACGGCGCCAGCAUUUUCCAGUCUAAGGAGUCCUCAUCUGUCCUGAGCUGUGACAUCUCUGCUGAUGACAAAUACAUCGUUACAGGAUCUGGUGACAAAAAAGCCACAGUGUAUGAAGUCAUCUACUAGGUUUUGGAGCGAUCCACUAAAUUCAAGGACCUGCGACUAGAGCUUAUUUUGAGCUCAUUAACAGUUGAACCGGAGUGUGAUCCCUUACCCUUCCUCCAAAGAACUCCAAGAUACAAAACCAUGCUGGGGUUCGAUUUCAACUGGGAAUUAAUAUGUGAUGUUUUUGAUCCUUUUUUUGUGAUACUGGACUCGUCUGCUACAGAACCUUUUGGAGAGACCGCUCCAACAAAUCUGAGGACCGCUACCGGAUGGCACUGAAGAAGUCCGUUUUGUCUUGCCUUUUUACAUUCAGUCUGGUUAUAAGGUGUGUGUGUGUGUGUGUGUGUGUGUGUG